GAACCGCAAACCUUUUCCCUUUUUAUCUGCCCAAACCUUCCUUAAUCAACAAUAAUAAUUACUAGUAAUAAUUUUAUAAUAUAUAAUCCACUAUCUUUUUUUGUGGGUUUUUUUUUUCUUUUUUCUUUAUGGUUCACUGUUUUGAAUUCCAAAAUGGGUUUACAAACUCAUGAGGAGAAGAACGGGGAAAAGACUUUGUAAUUUCCCCAAUUUAUAGAAGCAAAAUAGCGAUACCCAUUUCUUGAUUUUCUCUAGUCUCUGAAAUUGGUUGCUGUGAUGAGUAAACUAAGCUGUUUAAGUGCUUCCUGCACUGAGUGUAUAGGAAUACAGUCUUCUUAUAGCUCUGGCAAGGGUAGAAACCAUGACGGCCACAUUAGAUAUGGCUUCAGCUUAGUGAAAGGGAAAGCUCUUCAUCCCAUGGAAGACUACCAUGUUGCUAAGUUUGUGCAGAUAGAUGAACACGAGCUUGGAUUGUUUGCUAUUUAUGAUGGUCAUUUGGGGAACGGGGUGCCUUCCUUUCUGCAAAAACAUUUGUUGGAUAACAUCUUAAAGGAGGAUGAGUUUUGGGUGGAUCCAGGCAGAGCAAUCGCGAAGGCCUAUGAGAAAACUGACGAAGCAAUACUUUCAAACAGUUCCAAUUUGGGGCGAGGGGGGUCAACAGCUGUUACGGCAGUGUUGAUAAAUGGGCAACGGUUGUGGGUGGCUAAUGUGGGAGAUUCACGAGCCGUUCUUUCUCAGACAGGUCAGGCCCUUCAGAUGACAACUGACCAUGAACCAAAUACUGAACGAGGCAGCAUUGAAAGGAAAGGAGGAUUUGUCUCAAAUAUGCCAGGGGAUGUUGCGAGAGUGAAUGGGCAACUUGCUGUUUCUCGUGCGUUUGGAGAUAAAAGUCUUAAAUCGCAUUUGCGAUCCGACCCAGAUAUUCAAGAUAGACAUGUCGAUGGAAGCUAUGACCUCCUUGUCCUCGCAAGUGAUGGCCUCUGGAAGGUAAUGGAUAAUCAAGAAGCAGUAGACAUUGCUCGAAGAGUUAAAGACCCCCAGAAAGCCGCUAAGCAACUCACAGCCGAAGCACUGAAGCGAGACAGUAAAGACGAUAUAUCUUGCGUUGUCGUUAGAUUUAGGAGAUAAAAUAUUUGCAGGCCAUUGCUGCUCAAGUAACUUGAAGAAGGAGAGUGGUUUCGUGUUUUCACAUCCAGUGUGCUAGUACAAAAACGAAUAAAUUGGUACAAUAUAAUACCUUUUUGAGUAGACAUGGCCGAAACCUUGUGGAGGUUAUGAAAAACGAAAAUGGUAACGGGAAUAAGUGAUUGGAAGCAAGCCCUGUGUGAGCUUAAUCUGUUCAAGUUUUUUCGUGUCGUGCCAUCAUCCAUUCGAGCAGAUUGGAAGUUGUGCGGGGCCGAAUGCCAUUUGGUGAAGUUCAAUAUUACUUGAGCAUCAUGAACCUGGUGAUUUGCUGAAUGAAUUGGCAAAAUUAGGUUUCAAAUUGUCAAUGGCUAUUGGUGUAUAUUUGGAUUUAUUGUUGAUUGUGAUUUGUGAAUUGUGAAUUGGAACCACCAAGCAUGCCCCUAUGGUGUGUUUGGCUAAGAUUACUCCGGAUUAUUAAAUUUGUAUAAUAUACUUUUUUUAUGCGUAUGGUAGAGGCUAUAUAUA